UUGUGGAAUUGCUAUUGUUAAUUUUGUUGAGUUAUAUAAAAAAAAAAUUAUAAGCAGUCACAUCGCUGUGGGGAAUUCUUGUGUGUGCAAUGGAUGGCCCGCGGUGCAGUGGGCUCCGCCGGAGUAGGCGAUCUCGAGCUCAGAGAAAUCGAGACAGAAAAGCAAAGGGAGCUGGAGGAGGAAGUGGAGGAGGUGGAGGCACCUCGGGGGCGACCAACACUCUCUCCUCAUCAGGGUCUGAGCGAGAGGGCAGCAACAAAAACCCGGCCUCAUCCCGUCCCAGACCCCCGAGACGUCGGAGGAAAGAUUCCACUUCAGGAGAGGAAGACCUCAUUGAUGGCUUUGGAAUUGCCAGCUUCGUCACCUUGGAAGCUCUGGAGAAGGACAUCGCACUCAAACCCCACGAACGCUUAGAGAAACUUCAGAAUCCUCUUGCAAAGAAAAAACGCAAUGAACUUCAAAAUGGCCUGAGUUUCCAUGCCAACAAGAAUAGACACAGCUACCGCAAUGGAAGUUCUGACAGGGAUAAUGGCCCCAGCUUGAGUCAAGGCCAUGGGAAACAGAAGCGUUUCCAGAAGAGGCACAAACAGCUCAAACCUUCUCAACACAGCUGCAGGGAUAGUGACAGUGAAAGUAUCAGCAGUGAUUCUAAGGCUUCCAACCGGAGCUGCUCACAUGAAAGACUGAGUGAUAGUUCUGCUCAUUCCAGUUUGGGAACUGGUUAUUUUGUGAGUAUGCAUGCAAAUUUGCAAUCAUUAUACAUUUUUCGUUUUUAA